AUGAGGACGACCAAGAUUGCUCUCAUCCAACUUCACCCUAAAGAAAAUGAAAUCGAAUCCAAUCACCAACGGGCUUUAUCAUUCAUCAGAGAAGCAGCAGCCUCAGGUGCACAGCUGGCCGUUCUCCCGGAAUACCACCUCGCAGACUUCUUUCCCAGCUACGAUCUCUCAAUCAGGCAUAGAUGCGCCAACUGGAAGAGAUAUCUCGAUGCGUACUGCGCAAUAGCCAAAGAACUCGACAUCUGCGUCGUGCCAGGGUCCCUGGGCGAAUUGCACGAGGAUGGCAGCAUCGUCAACGCCGCCUACUUCAUCGACAACACAGGUGCGGCCUGUGGGAAGUACGAGAAAAAGAACCUCUGGCACUCAGAACGGGGCUAUGUCAAGGGAUCGAAGAAUGAAACUCGCCAUGUCGCUUUCGACACGCCGCUGGGCAAAGUUGGACUACUUAUCUGCUGGGACUUGGCAUUCCCUGAAGCGUUUAGAGAGCUCAUUGCACAGGGAGCGAAGAUCGUUAUUAUUCCUGCGUUCUGGAAGUAUAGCGAUGCGGGUGAAGUGGGAAUGAAACGCAAUCCCAAGUCCGAAGGCGAUUUUGUUGAUGCAGCUGUUGUCAGUCGGGCUUUUGAGAAUACGGCUGCCAUUGUAUUUUGUAAUGUUGCAGGAUCCAUAGAAGAUGGGUAUGCUGGUCUUUCCCAGGUGGCAGUGCCAUUCUUAGGACGCAUUGAGAGGUUUAUGGAUGCUGAAGAGGGUAUGAAGAUUGUGGAACUUGAUAUGGACAUUUUGGAGGAGGCUGAAGAUGUGUAUAAGAUUCGUGAGGACAUGGCAACGUCAGACUGGCAUUACGGAUAUCGCAAAUAG